UCAAACCUUUUUUUUUUUAACCUUUUUAUUUAUUUAUUUAUUUAUUAGAUGCUAUCUUCAAAUAAAUUAUUACCAUGGAAGCCAACACCAAAUCAAAUUAAACAAUUUAGAUUAUCUUUAAAAUCUUCUUUAUCUGAUUUUAAUACCUUUUUAUUAACAAAAGAAACAACUCAUUUUACAAAUCUUUCGUUUGCUUUAACUUAUCCUGGAUUAGUUCAUUUUAUUUAUUUUGAUAAAGGCAUCAUGACCGCUCCUUCUUUGGUUGAUUUGAAUGAAUUGGAUAAAAAUCAUGAAUUAUUACAUCAAAUACAUGGAAAGCAUAACAAUACAAGGCAAUGGAAAUGGGUUUGGCCUAAUGAAUCUACUUUGAAAAAAUUGUGUCAUAAGAUGCUUAAAUUAGGAUUAUCGUACAGAGACAAUGUACUCAAAUCAAGAGUAUUUAAAGAAUCAGAAGAUCAUCAAUACUAUUUUCUUUAUCAAAAAGGAACUCAACAUCAAGAACUCUUAGCCACUUAUUUUACUAUUAUGCCCAUUGAUAAACUAUGGCCUAUGCAUCAGAAAUUAUUUCAUGAUAUCCGUCAAAAAUUUAUUGUUUGGGAAUAAACUUUAUAUUAGGUGGUAGUGAUUCUUGUUCCAACAAAUAGUCUUGAACAUCUUUUACUUUGCUGUGUUCUGUCUUGAAGAAUUCUAUAACAUCUUUUGUAC